GCAUUCACACAUAUCCACCCCGACGAAAACGCCCCCAGCACAAAUCUCUAACGCAGGCAGAUGAAUGCCCCCCGCAAACAGCGCAAACACGAACCCAAACCUCAACUUCACCGUUAUUGUGAACCCCUGCUCGGGCCCCUGCAUCAACCGCACCAUAGAAGCGCCCUACAUCACCGAGCUGCCGCGGCUGCGCGAGUACAAGAACAUCCGCACGCUCGGCUACGUCGCUACGAACUACACCAACAAGCCCAUCGACCUCGUGCUGCAGGAGAUAGACACGUAUGCGAACUGGUCGGCCGUCCUGGGCGGCGAUGCGUUCCAUGUCGAUGGCAUAUUCUUUGAUGAGACGCCCGGGCCGUAUCAUUGGAGGUCGCAUGAGUAUCUCAGUGCGGCGACGGCGGAGGUGAAGAAGUCGGAGGGUUUGGGGCAGAAGAUAGUCGUACACAACCCGGGCGCAAUCCCCUACAUCCCCUGGAACUACCUCGACAUCGCCGACAUAACCGUCGUCUUCGAAGAGACCUUCGCCAAGUUCAUCGACGCCCCCAACUUCAACGCCAUCCGUGACCUGCCCGCCAACAGCAACCUCACGAAGUCCCACUUUGCAGUCAUGCUGCACAGCGUGCCCAACAUCCCGGAUGAGCUGCUGGCGUGGGUCGCGGCGCAGUUGAAGACGAACGUCGGGUGGGCGUUCGUGAGUAGCGUGGGCCAGCCGGGCGAGUAUUGGCACAGUUUUUCGAGUGUUUUUGGGGCGUUUAUCGGGCAUUUUGCGAAGGCGUGAGGGGGUGGUUGUUGUGUCAUUG